AUGGACCAGGAAGCGCUAGAAAAAUUGUCACCUUCGGCUCUUUCGGAGUUUUUGAACACAGAUGUGGGAAUACCAUUGAGUAUUUGUCAAGCCUUUGAGGAGGAACUGGUUGAUGGUCCAGCUUUGUUAGAUUUGACAGAAGAAGAUGUAAAAGGAAUUUGUAAAAAGAUUGGUCCAACAAAGAAAAUUUGUAGAUUUAUUAAUCAGGUUUUAGGAGACAAAAGUGAGGUAAUUUCAACUGAUGUGUCAUCUGUGCGCCCUUCAUCGUCUCAACUUAAUCCCAGUAUGUUCUCACCGCCGAUUGCACAUUCGCCCUCACUAUCAGAUCUACCAUCAUCACCAGUUUCACAUAAAUUGAAAUUGAAAAGUUUUUCAUCGUCACUAUCUCACAACGAUCCUUCGUCACCAAUUUCUUUUAUUUCAUCUCCAUCACCACUGACAUGUACUGAUUCUGAUGAAUGCAGUAGUUCGAUUUCAUCGUUGCAUGUAUCUUCAAAGUUUUUUAUUCCUGACACUUGGAGACCAUCAAUCAUGGAAUGCAUCAAUGCUCCAUCUGAGACUGAAGCACGGAGGCUACUAACCCCAAAGAUUCGAUCUGAAAUUGUCCGUGAUUUAGUAACACAAAUGUACACAGUCUGGCCAAACCCUAAAAGUGCUGAAAGUACUGUCGUGGCUCGUAAAUUGGUUUCAAAAUAUGUCUUUAUGAAAGACAAGGGACAAGCUGUAUCAGGAUAUGGAUCAUGGGAGCGAAAAAUUAUUGACAGAAUACAUAAUGUUAGUGUUAGUGUUAAGCGCAAAGAAACGAAUGAGUCUUCAGAUGCUCCAGUGUCCAAGAGAGGACGACCGAAAUCAACUACUUUAGCAAGUCGCUAUCCUCCUCUGCAGCACGAUUUUAGUGAUGAUACUAGCUUUAAUCGUAACAUAGACAAGAUCAAAUCAGAAAUGUGUAUGAGCAACCCUAGGAAGCAAGUUCUUCUAAAGUUAAUGGAGGAUACAUAUGCACGUAGGCGUGAGAUGGUUCUGGGCAAACAAGGAGUCGUAUCAGUUUCUCACGUACUUGAAUUAUUUCCAUGUUUAAAGAUGUAUUCUAUUGUAAGUUUUUAA